AUCCACAAUUUACCGGACAUUUCACCAAACCAACACCGUCUUCAAAUCUCUCGUCUCAACAUCCCUCACCCUCCUAAAAUCAGCCCAUAAACUCUCUCGCACUCCCCAUACUCGAAAGUCCCAGAUCCUCUCAAGCCUUGAUAUCAAACCCUAACCCCCCCUUCUUGAACCAAAACAUAGCCAUGGACUCCACCCCAGUCCCACAACAUCUCCCCUUUAAACCCUCUUCCUCUUCUUCGGCCUCCAAACUCCCCAUCAAACGCAAAACACCUGAUUCUCUCCACCAUCACCACCUCCUCUCUCCAAAACUUGAAACUUCCUCCACCACCACACCAACCACCACAAACCCAGAUGCAAUCUCCACUCCAGCCACUAAUUCUGAAUCAAAGCCACCACCUUUUAAGUUCCACAGAAUCUGGUCUGAGCCUGAUGAAAUUAGCUUCCUUCAAGGCCUACUCUCUUCAUCCUCUCAAGGCCUCUCAUUUCCUAAAGACUUGCACUUUUUUUAUGACAGAUUCUCCAAUUCAAUGUCACAACCUUACACAAAAUCUCAGCUUUCUGAGAAAAUGAGAAGGCUGCGUAAGAAGUUUCGCAGUACGUCUUCGCGCCUUGCGCGUAAUGGGUUCAAUUAUUCGUUAUUAUCGCCUCAUGAUCGUUCUCUUUAUGAUCUCUCUAAACAGCUUUGGAGCCCUGAAUUUGCUUCAAGCUCGCCUUUUGGAGGUAAUAAGAGUACAGGUAGUAAUAGUAAUAGUAAUUUUGAUGGUAAUGUGAGUAGUUUUCGUCCUGAUAAUGUUAAAAGGACGAAACUGGAUGAGGGUUUGGGGGGUGUUAAUGGUAGUUUUUUGCCGGUUUUUGCUUUGCCUUGCGAAAAUGUAAAUGUGAGUAAUGAAUUGAAUGAUCUGGAGUCGUUGGAUUUGGAUGAAUUUGAUGAUGGGUAUGUUGUGAAAAUGAGGGAAGGCAAUGCGGGGUGGGAGGUGGAUAAGGCGGUGAGUGGACGUGGAGGUGGCUGCGGUAGUGUGGCAGUAAAGAGUGUGGCUAAGAGUGUUCUAAAUGUGUUUGACGAGUGCGUAAAGGAGGUCAAGAAGGUUGUUCUUAAAGAGAGGUUGGAUAGUUCUAUGGAAGGGAAGAAGGAGAAGGAUUUUCAAAGGAGGUGGAGGGAGCAAAGAGUUGCUGAGUUUGAUGUUUUGGCUCUUCGGUUGAGGUUGCUUCUUGACAAUUCUGCUAAAUAGGCAAUGACUUUGUUGACUUAUGCCAGGUAUUGUCCCAUUGCCACCCCACAGAGAAGGACCAAAUAAUCCACGGGAGAACCUGCAAUAGUGAGACUGUGAGCUUGAAACUCUUACCUGUGUAUGCUGUAGAAAAUUGAGGCCCAGGGAAGUCAUCUGCUUAAGUUCAAGCUCGAUGAAGCAUCUUGAGACUUCAUUGAACAGGAGAGAAGCAAUUUUUUUCCACCGGUGAUCCAUGAGUUCAAAUUAAUUUGAACCAGUGAUGCUUCAUUUUGAUGUUGAAAUAGUUAGCAUGCUUCAAAUUGAACCAAGUCAUAAAGAGUAACUGAACAGUCAGCUAAUCAGAUAAUAAAGUGGUUCGCGUGCUCGAAAUGGAACUCAGCGUUGGUUCUUACUGAUGGUUUCACCACUUAAUGGAGCCUUCUGAUCAAUUGAUCAACAAAUAGGCUUGAAAUUUAGUUAAUUGGAAAUUGGUAAACCU